UUCUCUCUUUAUUUAACACCUUCACCUCCUCUCUUUCUUUAUUCUAUCCCUCUCUCCCUCAUAAAAUGUCUAAAAUAUCUGAAACUUCUCCAAAACAUUGCGCCAAGAAAGGAGGGAUUAACAUCAACAACCGUCGCAAGAAACUAUUCUUCACGUUCUCUACUUUCUUCAGCGGCCUUCUCCUCAUCAUCUUCCUCAUCUGGCUCAUCCUCCAUCCCGCGAAACCCGAGUUCUCCCUCACGGAAGCCGAUAUCUACACCCUCAAUGUCUCCUCCUCCACCACUCAUCCCCUUAACUCCUCAAUCCAGCUCACUAUCUUCUCCAAAAACCCUAACAAAAAAGUAGGAAUAUACUACGACAAGCUACUCGUAUACGCAGCAUAUAGAGGACAACAAAUAACAUCGGAGGCUUCUCUACCGCCUUUCUAUCAAUCUCAUGAGGAAAUCAAUCUUUUAACAGCGUUUCUCCAAGGGACUGAGCUUCCGGUUGCUCAGUCCUUUGGUUAUCAAAUGGUUCGUGAUCGGUCAGCCGGUAGAGUAAUCAUCGGUAUGAAGAUGGACGGGAAGCUAAGGUGGAAGAUUGGGACAUUUGUCUCUGGCGCAUACCGGUUUAAUGUGAAUUGUGUUGCACUAGUGGCUUUUGGACCGAACAUGACCACUUCUCCAUUAGGUUCAAUACAGGGGACUCGUUGCUCUACAGAUAUAUGAGAUCUAUAUUGAAUAAUCAACCAUAGAUAUACACUAUAGUUUCUUUCACUGUAUUUUGAUGAUAUUUUUGUGCUGGUCAUUAGUACUACUUGUAAAGAUAUAUUAAACUGUUUAUCUAUAAUUAUAUAAACUAUACUC